CAGUGGGCAGCACUGCAAAUGGCUACACCAGCUGCGUCACACCCGGCGCUUAUGCAGGACUGUGAGGCGAGCAAACUGUGCAGGGAGUUGGAGCAGCUGGCCGGUGCGCGGCCCUCGUGGCGCAAGGUGACUGCGGAGGGCCUGGAUGUGGACUACACGCGGCUGCUGACACCUGCGCUGGCUGAUGCCGUGCUGCACGAGCUGGAGGCGGGACUCACCUACUUCACAGGAGACCUGGCGCGCGUGCGCGUCUUCGGCCGCUGGCAUCCCAUCCCGCGACAGCAGGUGGCGUUCGGAGAUGCGGGCCUGAGCUACAAGUUCUCCGGGCAGACGCUGCCCGCCAGCCCCUGGCCGCCGCUGCUGCUGGGCAUGCGCGAUGCCCUCAGCGCUCUCACCGGCGUGCGCUUCAACUUCGUCCUGGUCAACAGGUACCGAGACGGCCACGACCACAUGGGCGAGCACCGGGACGACGAGGCGGACCUGGACGCCGGGGCGCCCAUCGCGUCGCUGUCGCUGGGCGCCGAGCGGCCGUUCGUCUUCAAGCACCGCGACGCGCGCCGCCGCGGGCCGCAGCACAGGGACGUCCCACCAGUGAAACUGCUGCUGGAGCACGGCAGCCUGCUGAUGAUGAACCCGCCAACCAACCGGCUGUGGUUCCACGCGCUGCCGCGGCGCAGGUCCUGCCAGCAGCCGCGCAUCAACCUCACCUUCCGGAAGAUGCUGCCACAACCACAGCCUGCACAGCGCAAGAGGUCUGCUCCCACCACUCGCUGACCGGUGUGCUUCUAUUUCCUGUUAGUGCUGUCACCGAACCUAUGGACACUGCUAAUUUAUGUAUUUAUUGAUCCAAAGAAGUAAGUGUUAAUUGAUGCAAAGACAUACAGAAAACGAAAUGGAAAAUGCACUAAGUUUGCAUUACUAUACCAAUUCAUCACUGUCUAAAACUGCACUGUUCAAAAUAAAAACGGU